AAACACCCGCCCUCGUUUCAUCAUUUCUCCACACACACACACACACACUCACCCUCACCUACUCUCUUGCUCUCUUCCCGCCGGCAGCAUUCCCAUUUCCCAAUAUACAGACACAGUGACUGGUGAAAACUUAAAAUUGGUAAUUAAUGGAAUGGUCAGAUGCUGAAUCGAGCACUACGAAUAGUAAACCAACAUCGAUCAACAAAUGGAUGGCGUUUGAUAAUGAUUCGAAUCAAAAUAAACCACCGAUGGCUAGAAUUACUCCGCCCGAAGAUGAAUUUGAUGUUAUGAACAUAGUUGAGAGGACAUCGGAAUGGCCGGGAGCAGCCACGGUAGUAGCAAGUUUGAUUGGAGACGAAGAGAGAAACAAGAGGAGUUCGUCGGCGUCAUGGAGGACGUCGGAUGACGAGUUUUCAUCAAGUACGCAACCACGAGUUUCGCAGGAAUUAAAGGAUGCUUUGGCGACACUUCAACAGACCUUUGUUGUCUCUGACGCCACCAAGCCGGAUUGCCCGAUAAUGUAUGCCAGUAGCGGGUUUUUUACGAUGACCGGUUAUUCUUCGAAAGAGGUCGUUGGUAGAAAUUGUCGGUUUCUACAGGGAAAGGAGACGGACCAGAAUGAGGUGGAUAAAAUACGGCAUGCGGUCAAAACAGGAAGUAGCUACUGCGGCAGGCUCUACAACUAUAAGAAAGAUGGCACCCCGUUCUGGAAUCUACUCACCAUCACUCCUAUCAAAGAUGAAAAUGGAAAGACAAUCAAAUUUAUUGGAAUGCAAGUAGAAGUCAGCAAGUACACUGAAGGUGUGAAUGAAAAGGAAUUGCGACCAAAUGGAUUGCCAACUUCACUAAUUCGCUAUGAUGCUCGUCAGAAGGAAACGGCACUAGGUUCCAUUGUGGAGGUUGUACAGACUGUUGAGCGUCCUCGUACGCACAACCAGUCUAGUAAAACUGAAAUUGAGGAAAAGGUCAUUGAUUCCUCGCUUGCUAUAUCAGCAGAAAAACAGAGCCUAGCUACACCUGGAAGAGAAACACCUCUCUUUGAUCCUAAAGGUGAUUUAUCUCGUACAAAUUCUUGGGGUGCAUCUAAUACGAAAUCCAGGAAAUCAAUACGCAGUUCCUUAAUGGGGUUUAAAGGAAGGGCUUCGACCAAUGAGCCUCAACCAACUAUUGAGCCUGAGGAGUUAAUGACAAAAGACAUAGCUCGCACUGAUAGCUGGGAUCGUGUGGAAAGAGUGAGGGACAUGCGUCAAGGAAUUGACUUGGCAACCACACUGGAACGUAUUGAAAAGAAUUUUGUGAUAACAGAUCCAAGGCUCCCCGAUAACCCCAUUAUUUUCGCAUCAGAUAGCUUCCUUGAAUUGACAGAGUUCACACGAGAGGAAAUUUUGGGAAGAAACUGUCGAUUUCUUCAAGGACCUGAAACAGAUCAAGGAACUGUUGACAAAAUACGUGCUGCUAUCAGAGAACAAAGGGAAAUUACUGUGCAGUUGAUCAACUAUACAAAGAGUGGGAAGAAAUUCUGGAAUUUAUUCCACUUGCAACCUAUGCGGGACCAAAAGGGAGAACUUCAAUACUUUAUUGGUGUCCAACUAGAUGGAAGUGGUCAUGUGGAGCCCCUAAGGAAUCGCCUUUCAGACACGACAGAGAAACAAAGUGCUAAGUUGGUAAAAGCUACCGCAGAAAAUGUUGAUGAAGCAGUUAGAGAACUUCCUGAUGCCAACUUGAGGCCAGAGGAUUUGUGGGCUAUCCACUCUCAACCUGUCUUUCCUAGGCCUCACAAAAAGUACAAUUCUUCUUGGAAAGCAAUUCAGAAGAUCACUGCAGGUGGUGCAAUAAUUGGGCUUGAUCAUUUUAAGCCUAUCAGGCCUUUGGGAAGUGGAGAUACCGGCAGUGUUCAUUUGGUUGAACUGAAAGGUACUGGUGAACUUUUCGCAAUGAAGGCAAUGGAUAAAGCAGUAAUGUUGAACCGCAACAAGGUUCAUCGAGCUUGCAUUGAAAGGGAGAUAAUCGCGCUACUGGAUCACCCUUUCCUCCCGACGCUUUACACAUCUUUUCAGACUCCGACACAUGUUUGCUUGAUAACAGACUUUUGUCCUGGAGGAGAGUUAUUUGCGCUGCUUGACAAACAACCUUUGAAAUUAUUCAAAGAAGAUUCUGCAAGGUUCUAUGCAGCUGAGGUCGUAAUUGGCUUAGAAUAUCUCCAUUGUUUAGGUAUCAUUUAUAGGGAUCUGAAACCAGAGAAUAUACUACUUCAAAUAGAUGGGCAUGUUGUAUUGAGCGACUUUGAUCUAUCAUUUCGAACAUCAUGUAAACCCCAAGUCAUAAAACAUCCUCAGCCUAAAAGAAGAAGAUCUAGGAGUCAACCACCACCUACAUUUGUUGCAGAACCAUCCACACAAUCAAAUUCAUUUGUUGGGACUGAAGAAUACAUUGCUCCGGAAAUCAUAACAGGAGCUGGCCACAGCAGUGCUAUUGAUUGGUGGGCUGUCGGUAUUUUGUUAUAUGAGAUGCUUUAUGGUCGGACACCAUUUAGAGGAAAGAACAGGCAGAAGACAUUUGCAAACGUCUUGCAUAAAGACCUAACGUUUCCGAGUAGCAUUCCAGUUAGUCUUGCAGCAAGACAGCUGAUUCAUGCACUGUUGAACAGAGAUCCUGCCAGCCGUUUAGGAUCAAUUGGUGGUUCCAAUGCAAUAAAAGAGCAUGCAUUUUUCCGUGGAAUUAAUUGGCCUUUGAUCCGCUGCAUGAUUCCGCCACCGUUAGAUUCACCUCUCGAGUUCAUUGAGAAAGAUCCAAAUGCAAAAGAUGUACAGUGGGAGGAUGGUGCCAUGCUAGAUAAUUCUUUGGACAUAUUUUAGAGGUGCAAGGAUGUUAAAUGUAAAUGACAGAUAAGAAAACAUCAUCAUCGUUGGUGCUUGUUUGUUGUGUCGACGUCCUGAGGUCAGCCUUUCCGAUUGUACAAAGAACAUAUCAUCCCGACCGAGUACCUUUGACGAUCUCUGGUUCUUAUGCAUUCGAGUUUUAGGUUAGUUCAUGUUUGGAUGAAGAAUCUUUAAUUAUGUAAUCUUUUUCAUCGACUACUUUCAUAUCGAAUGUCAUAAUAAAACAACAACAUAUGCAUUAGUAAAUAAUGAAUAAAUGUGUUGGGAAUUAAGCAAA